AUGCUCCUUCUAGAAACGCUGAAUGGCGUGCUCCUGGAAGUAUACUACGAGCUUCUCGUCAAGGCCGCGUCAAGCACGACGAACUCGAACGCAGAACCACCAGGCACGGCAGCUGGGGGUAACAGUGUCGAAUACUAGUCAUAGUGAUCAUUUUGUCGUCGUUAUAUAUUCCUGUGCUACAAAUUUUUUAUUUCUCGAGAAUGAAUGAGCCUCAGAGGAGUAAGUCGCAGAAGUAUCAUUGGUAGAUAUGUCAUAUGCUGUGUCAUUUCUUCGUCCACCUCCCGAACCAACUACAGGAGGGACGGCAUCAGCAACAUCUUGCGGCCUGUCAUGUCGGAGUCAGUUUCGA